GGCGCAGCCAGGCUAUUGCAAUACGGCAGAUUUUCAGAAGCUGCAACGUCGUUUCAGCGGACGAGAAAAUGUCGUAGUGCGAAAAUUUGGCUCAACACCGCCAUUUUCGCUACUUUGUAAAAUUUUUUUCCCCACCAACUGAACCCCCAGACUCCACUGGUUCUUGUAAAAGUUUACUAUAGAGACUGCUCUGAUAAAGAACGAACGAAAAAGGCGCGGUGCUUCGGCUUGUUGUACUACAUUGUUACAAUCGACCGACCUUAAGAAGUCGUGCUGCUUGUAGAGUUCAGCCUCAUCGGCCCCGCCACUUUGGUUGCUCCAUCCUUGAAUCAGCUUCAAGCUGGAACAAGUAUGUAAGUAAUUAUCUUCUAUCGAUACUAGAAAGAGGCUCUAGCUCGGAUUGAGUCUAGAACAGACAUACAUGUUGGAAGAGGCAUUUCUAGACGAUUAUGUAUGAUUGAUCUAGAAACCACACGAAGCGCAUACGUUAAAGUUUAACAUCACAAGUGGAAAAAUCAAUCGGAUUUCUUAUAGCACUAAAAUACAAUACGUCUCGGACGAAGACAGACUGCUAUAAUAAGUUAUCAUAGGAGACUGAUCGCCUACUCUCGCUCUCUCCGACGAUACUAAUCUGAGAAAACAUAAAAAGAAGUCAUGGCCUCAUUACGACAUCCACUGCCCGCGGGAACUCACGCUGGAAAAGAAAAAAAGCGAAAGACGAAAGACGAGCCGGGGAUGUUGUUUCUGAAAACAUGACGAAGAUCCAUUGCCGACCAGUUUUGUACUCUUGACCAUCGAUUACAGCAAAACCGACGACAACAACUCAACGAAAUUCUUAAGCUGGUGAAGGCAAAAACUGUGGGCUCUCCCUGCCCGAAUACACCAUUUGUUACUCCACAAGCACCUACCACCUGACCUUUCGAUCCGACAGGAGAUAGAAGGGGGCAAAGCAGGUGAAGCAAUAUUACCACCAAGAAGUUUAUUCUUGUUACCUUUUAUUCCCCCAGCGACACGAACAUAAAUCCUUUUUUUCACCUCGCGCACGACUAAAACCGCCCCGCAAAUACGAUUUGAAGGGGAGGACGCAGAACCACGAAAAAGCAGGAAUCAGUAUCGCCAGAGCCGAGCGUCUUCCCGAUUCAUUUGAGCCACCAGUUAACCCUAAUUCAGUUUGGCAGAUCAUCGCAACAACUUCUGGAAAAGCUCGGAUCCAGCACACAUUGCUUGGAAGCCGAAACGAUCGGAGAAGUUUUCUGCCUGCAAGCAAAGAGGACCCUUCUUUUGCCGAAUUAACAGAAUUGCCUUACCACGUUCAUCCCUGCUGCAGCUGCAACUGUUUUAUUGUGGACAAUAAUUUUUCUGAAAAACAAUAACAAAAACGGAGCCAAAAACAACAGACGAAACCAGCUAACAUCAAAAGAUCCACGAAGAAGCGAAGACGGCCAUCAAGCUGGCGAACAACAGACAAAAAGUGACAAGUCCUUAGCAUGGCUGCCGCCGUGAGUAGCCAGCAGCCGCUAAUCGGCGGCGGUUCCGCGGGCGCGUCCUCGUCGCUGCAGGUGCCCGUCCCGCAGCCCCAGAAUGGAGGCGCGCAGAAUGCGACCUCCCCUACCUCUAAAGCGAGUACGCCGUCCAACGCGGCGACCAAUCCGCAACGCAUAAUGGACAGCCAGUGGUUCAUUGACCCGAAGCGCGCGAAGCAGCUCAUCGAGUUCGUGGGCUUGAAGGGGCAACUGAAGCCGUUCGGGUCCUACACCUCCGGGUUGAUCACCAAAACGUCCGACCUCGACGUGAUGUAUGAACGCCACGAAUCGGAACAGCACAUCAUUCCGGUACAGAUUUUGCAGAAGUUUAUGGAGGCCCUAGGAAAAGCGGGGUUCGUCAACUUUGUCACGGUCUUCCAGGCACAACUACCGCUGCUGAAACUCGCGGACCGCCACGGCGUGGACAUUGACAUCAUCGUCGACAACCAGCUGGGCUACCGAAAUUCCGUGCUGAUGGGGUCCUACGCGCGGAUGGACCGCCGCGUGCCCGAAUUCAUCCGCCGGGUCAAGUGCUUCGCGAAAAGGUUCGAAAUCGUCGGUAGUACUGACGGACACUUGAACAGCUACGCGUGGACCCUGAUGGCCAUCUACUACCUGAUGAAAGCCAUGCCGGCGCCGCUGGUACCCAACCUGCAAGCGCUCGCGCAGGACGACCCAAGAGUGGAAAAAAAGUACAUGCUUCCUUUUAUAUAUUCUUCUACUAAGUACAAGUAGUAGUUCAUACGAAAAAUAUUAAAUCUUUCUCUUAUUGAAACUUUCCACUGAUUUUUGCCGGCUGCGCUGUGAAAAAGUCGGUGUUCCGAAGUGAGUCGUCGCAGGGACGCAAAAUUUGUAUUCUGGUGCAUGAAAUUCAAUUUGCAGGUACAUCAAGGACGGUCGUUGGGGCGCAGACCGGGAGUGGAACGUGACUUUUUUCACGGAGAUCCAGAAAAUCCCGCCAUCCGCCAACACUCGGGCGACUACCGAGCUUCUGGGCGAGUUUUUCGAGUACUACUCCCACAAAUUUGACUGGGAUAAGAAGUGCGUGUCCAUUCGGCUCGGGUUGACGCCGCACGACAGUCAGACCGGAGCGGACCGGAGCCAACUGGACCCUUACAUCACAAACCCGAAGGACCAGAGCGGCUGGUACGUAGAGGACCCCUUUGAUUUGUGUCACAACUUGGCGGGAAACGUCACCGCACGGGGGAAGGAGCGGAUCAUGACUGCAUUGAAAAACGCAAACAACGAGAUUCGGGCGCGCGGACCGGCCAGACUCGAAGAGGCGCUGAACAACGUACUUGGAAUUUUUGGCUUCCUAUAUUGAAUAUUUGUAGUGGUGCUGUGUCGGGCUCGGGUCUUUAUGUUUUUGUAGCGAUUUUUUCUUCUCGCGACUACCUAAAAGGACAGAUCGCGCUGCAGUAUCUUCUCAUGACUUUCAUCAUGCAAAUCUAAAGGAUAAAGAUUUGGAAAAUAUUUGUGAUAUUUUGUUCCUGAAGCUGAAAAAGAAGAUGGAGAAGAAAAUGAACAAGAUCUGUGAAAAAAAAACAGCUCUGUCCGCUCUCCUGGCGAGCCGCGGCCUUGUUCAUGAAGUGCCGGGUAAAUCUGGAAAAAGUCACGGAGGAGCAGUUUCGCGAGGCGUUCGCGGAAAUGAAAUUUGACGACGAGGUGAUUUUGUGGUGGCCAUCGAACCGGCCACAAACGAGCCCAAUCAUGGAUGCGUUUCUCCAAUUUAGGUCGGAUCACGACCGAAAAAGGGCACACACGAAAUCGGAGUCCUACGUAGGACAGUGGCAAAUACGGCUGCUGUACUGCUGCUGCGCCGUGCUGAAAGACGUACUUAUUUUAUACUUUGGUUUUCUCCUUGAGAUCAUGAAUGUUUUUGGCUUUUGAAGAGGACGAGGACCAAGAGCAGCUGCAGCUCGCAGGCUUGUUUAUUGGAUGUUUUGUUGAUAGGACGCAAACGCAUAGACGUUCGAAUUUUUCGAUUCAUCGAUUGAAGGACAAAAACCGAUUUCUUCCAGGCGUACAAAGACAACGACAACCACCUGCAACGGGUGACUGUGAACCCCGCCGCCCGGCAGUCGGGUCUCCACGUAGACAACCCGGUGAUUCCCUCGAUCAAGCAAGCCUUAGCCCCGUUCACCGGUGACCCGAGGCAGAAAAACUUUCAGGCGCUCCGGCACCUGUACUUUAUCUCGCAGAAUUCGCAGCACCUCCUAGCCCCAGGAUCGGUCGACAACUUGGAGUACGCACCGGAGGGGGAGUCCCGCGUGGCCGCGACGGAUAAGCUCGGCUCGAACAUGUCUACGGUGGCGUACCUGUUGGGCAACAUGGACGCGAACUUUCUGGAACACUUCCUCCAGGACCCGAGAAACGGCCAGCUGAUUAACACAUUGCAAAAGUAUCAAUCUACAACUCAGAUGUGAUACAGAUUUUUGCUGUUGCGAAUGCAAUUUUAUUCAAUUUGCUACGUAGUUUGGGUUCUUGUGAUUUUUGCACUCUCUAUACAACUAGUUGAGUCCAGAAAAGGCCAGCGCAUGUCUUAGUCACAUCGGGAGAUGAUCCUAUAGCUUCAUUGUCGAUUUCGCGAUAUAUUUCAGGUUGUACGACCUAUUCGUGCGCAGAAGAAAUCACGAGGGUCGCGGCGCUGCGACCACACCCAUCGGGCCCCCCGGUCUCAACAAGGAUGCAGGAGACCCAGCAGCAAAUGAGCUGGACACGGCGAGCGGGAGCGCAAAUGCCGCGCCCGGCGGCGGCUCAUCCCCACAGGGGAAUGCCGCAAAUGGAACGGGUGCACAGAGCCGGAAGCAAAGUGUAGACCCGGACGCGAAUCAGAUGUUGACUCAAGCACAGAUCGAGCUGGACGCGAUGGAUGCACUGCAAAUGUCCAGUAACAACAAAGAAUACCAGCCGCCGCAGGGGGCCCCCGCGCAUUCCGUUGCUCCACCUGGAGCUGCGACGCCAGGCAUGAUGCACGCAAAUACAACAACUUCGGUGCCCCGCGCAAUUCCACCGGCGCAACAAGGAGGUCAACAUCUCAACACCAGUAACCCCGCGGUACUAAACGGCGGAAAAGGUGGUGGACCACUGCCACAGAAUCAGCAGCAAAUGCUGGAAAAUCAGCAUGCACAGCAGCAACAGCACUCAGGCACGAACGGCAACCGGCCACCGGCGACCACGCAGUCCUCGCACAGCAACUUGGGCACCCCGACCGGAAAUCAAGGACACCAGCCAGUGGGGACGAACAAUCAACAAGUCCAACCGCAGCAGCAGCGCAGUCCGCAGAACAAUAAUAACAUGCAGGGGGACUCGUCCAGCUCCACCGCACCGUAUCCGCGGGACGGCGCCGGGAAAGGCGGGGUGAAAACGAUGCACCAACUCGGCGAGAUGAUCUUCCAUGGACUUCACGCCUAUAUCCCGAACCUGGGGACGUCGGUGCCGAAACCUUUCGUGGAGGAAACCGUGCGAAGUCUGGACAAUUACGAUGCCGAAGAACUGAGAAGAAGACUGCAAACGGUGUCAUGAUUUUUUCAAAUUAUCGGUCGACGUAAGGAGCAUGUUGAAAACUACUACGGUGAGUGACGCGCGAAGAAUGGCUUGUAGUGCUUAGAUAGAAAGUCCUCACUGCAGCUCAUGACAAAAAUGCGGUGUGUCACAACGUAACAAAAGCGCGAACAUAUUACAACCAUGCUGUUUCUGACAAGAAGAUUUUUUUUGCAAAAAUACAUGAAAAGCGCAAAUAUACAACACGCAGAUUCAAUCGAUCGCCAUGAAGCACAAGUCGUACACCCCUUCGAUUUCGAGCAAAGUUAACGGCGGAAAAUCUGGCAGUAAUCAGAAAUUGUUGUUUGACUCCUGGGUCAAUUCCGUUGUCGCAGAUUGGGAAACUGCGAGAGUAUAUUUGUUGCCUGACUUUUGUAAUUUCAAAUGCAGUUACAGUUUACUUUCUUGAAGAUGUGCAUGUGCUUGCACAUUUCUUUGUAGAGACUUGUCAUUGAUAUUGUCCUCUUUCCUGCUGUGUGCAAUGAUUUUAAUGCGAAAUUAUAAAGCAAUCACUAUCACACAACAGGCCCGUCAUCCUGAUGCCGCUGCUGUGGACUCGAAGCGCGAAGUUGCGCCCACGAUCAUCAGCAGCAGUGCCCAGAUGGCGUCGCAGAUGCUGGAAAAGGCGACACAGCAGGUCGGCAACCAACCCUCCAACCGCGAUGGCGGACAGCCGGGGGGAAACCAGCCCUUUCUGACCGAACAGCAGAUGAUCGCUUUUCUGAAGCAGCUAUCAAAUGUAAAAAUGUCUGGGUCUGGAAGAUUGCAACUUGUGAUGCUGCCUUUCGAUUCCAAAAAAAUCUGUAUUGCAUGAGCAGCAAAGGGAAUGUACAUGUAGUUUUUGCGUACGCGGAGAGGGCAUUUGUCAUGCGGAAUAUGCAUCAAGAAGCCCUCAAAAGAUCUGUGAUGCUAGGGCACGCAUCACAGACGUCAUGGCUCAUGCAAAACGUGCAUGACAAGUCUCAAAAUUUUCCAGACCCAGACACUUUUACACUUGAUAACAGCAUCCGAACCUUGUGACCGCGGCCGCUGAGAACCCAAGCUUGGUCGCCAGCUUCAUGGGCCCCCACCAGAGCAAGCGAGCGGAGGAGAUCGUGGAAAGCCUCGUGAAUCAGCAAAGCGACAGCGAAAUGAACACGAACGCGCCCGUAUCGUAAAGAAAAAUCCCCCCUCCCCAUAUCGAAAAGGUAUGUUUGCGAAGAUUUGUGUUGCUGAUUUGAGGUCACAAAUCACAUUUGUCUUCCAAGAAGACAAGGGCAGAAGCUUCCACCCCAUUACUGAAGCGAUUUGUCAUGCUGUUGGGCCUAAAACUGAGCCGCUUGCCAUGCUGAACAACUAGACCCAUACGCCCCUGCCUAGCCUGGGGAUCUGGCCGCAAUGCCCCUCUGCAAUACAGACCUGAUUUGUGUAUCCAAAUCCAGCAUCAGAAGUUUCGUUUUGAUAUGGGGAGGGGGGAUUUUUCCUUUUGAUAGCCCGGUUCCUGGGAGCAGCGCAGCACGACCCCCCAACGGGGGAUAGUCGCGGGCGGGCAACAAGGCCCACCGGGGGUCCCCGGGGGCGGGGGUCCCGGAAUGAACGCUUUGCCGAAAAACGGCACGGUGCCACAGGUGCUGCGCAGGCCCGAAAAUGCGGGACCAGGAGUCAAUGUGAAUGGAGCGGCAGGCGGCGGCCCAGGAAACCAGCAACGGGGAGGCCCCGCUGCGCAACAGCAGUCUGCGGAUCGGUCUGCAUCGCUCAACCAGACCCCGGACGUAGCACCCCCACCACCGCCUCCGCUGCAGUUUCAGUAA